AUGAGCAACGACAAGGACAGCUUGAACAUGAGCGAUCUCACAUCCGCUCUUAACGAGGAGGGUCGAGCAGGGCUUGUUAAUGCUCCUAAGAACAAGUUGCAGAAUUUGGCUGGACCACACUCAUAUGUCCUUGAAAACUUGACACCGACAGUCAGGAAGCGUGUUGAGGUUCUAAGAGAGAUCCAAAACCAAUACGAUGAAAUGGAAGAAAAAUUCUUCGAGGAAAGGGCACUAGAAGCUAAAUACCAAAAGUUAUAUCAGCCUUUAUAUCCCAAGCAGAACAACGUGUGGUGGAAGUUGAAGGUGCACCGGAAGAAAGAAAGGAGUACCUCAUUUCUGGCUUAUUGCAUUACUGCUGAGGAGGUAACCGAGAGAGAUGAAGGUGCUCUCAAGUAUCUUAAAGAUAUCAAGUGGAAUAGAGUUGAAGAACCAAAAGGAUUCAAGCUCGAGUUUCUCUUUGAUCAGAACACUUACUUCAAGAACACUGUCUUGUCCAAGACAUACCACAUGAUUGAUGAAGAUGAGCCUAUCCUCGAGAAGGCUAUUGGGUUUGUGUUACUGGUGUUUGAUUGUCAUUGA